GUACGCUAGCCAGACGCAACGCUGAUGUUUUCUUGAAGUACCUGCACAGAAACAGCGUCAACAUGCCUGGCAUGCUGUCCCACGUCAAAGCUCCAGAGACUCAGGUUAAGAAUAUCUUGAAUGAGCUGCUGCAGAGAGAAAACCGAGUGCUUCACUUCUGGACCAUGAGGAAGCGGAGACUGGACCAGUGCCAGCAAUAUGUAGUGUUUGAACGCAGCGCCAAACAGGCCCUGGAGUGGAUCCAUGACACUGGGGAGUUUUACCUGUCCACUCACACAUCCACCGGGUCGAGUAUUCACCACACACAGGAGCUACUGAAGGAACAUGAAGAUUUCCAGAUCACAGCAAAGCAAACCAAAGAGCGGGUAAAGCUGUUGAUCCAGCUGGCGGAUGGGUUUUGUGACAAGGGCCACGCCCAUGCCUCGGAAAUAAAGAAAUGGGUGUCCUCGGUGGACAAGCGCUACAGGGACUUCUCUCUCCGCAUGGACAAAUACCGAACCUGCCUGGAAUCAGCGCUUGGCAUUUCUUCCGACUCAAACAAGGCCAGUAAAGAGUUGCAACUGGACAUCAUUCCAGCCAGUGCUCCAGGGUCAGAGGUCAAGUUGCGGGACGCUGCCCAUGAACUCAAUGAGGAGAAGAGGAAAUCAGCACGAAGGAAAGAAUUUAUAAUGGCAGAGCUGAUUCAAACAGAGAAAGCCUAUGUACGAGACCUACGGGAGUGUAUGGAUACCUACCUGUGGGAAAUGACCAGCGGCGUGGAGGAAAUUCCUCCUGGUAUUGUCAACAAGGAACACAUCAUUUUUGGGAACAUGCAGGAUCUCUAUGAGUUUCAUCACAAUAUUUUCCUGAAGGAGUUAGAAAAGUACGAGCAGCUUCCAGAAGAUGUCGGCCAUUGUUUUGUAACCUGGGCUGAUAAGUUUCAGAUGUAUGUGAACUACUGUAAGAACAAGCCAGAUUCAACUCAGCUCAUCGUGGAACAUGCUGGACCCUACUUUGAUGAAAUUCAACAAAGACAUCGUCUCGCAAACUCUAUCUCCUCUUACCUGAUCAAGCCAGUCCAAAGAAUCACAAAAUACCAGCUGCUUCUAAAGGAACUGUUAACAUGCUGUGAGGAAGGAAAAGGGGAGAUCAAGGAUGGCCUGGAAGUGAUGCUCAGUGUCCCCAAGAGAGCCAACGAUGCCAUGCACCUCUCUAUGCUGGAGGGAUUUGAUGGAAACAUCGACUCCCAGGGAGAGCUGAUACUCCAGGAGUCCUUCCAGGUCUGGGAUCCUAAGACUCUGAUCCGGAAGGGUCGGGAUCGACACCUCUUCCUCUUUGAGAUGUCUCUGGUCUUCAGCAAAGAAGUGAAAGACUCCAAUGGGCGCAGCAAAUACCUCUACAAGAGCAAGCUCUUUACGUCAGAGCUUGGAGUGACAGAACAUGUGGAGGGAGAUCCUUGCAAGUUUGCCCUCUGGUUGGGGAGGACCCCAACCUCAGACAACAAGAUUGUUCUGAAGGUAUGAAGAUGUUGA